GCAAACGCCUCCCAGAACCGCCGCUCCCAGCCCCCGCCAGUCAACUCCCAGCUGCCGCCCUACAUGGGCGAGAACCCCGACGAAUGGAGCCCGUCCAAGGACGCCGCAGGAGCAGGCGGCUACUCCCGCCGCCGCACAGAGCGCCACGCCCGCCGGCAAUCCUCCACCGGCAGCGGCGCCCCGGGUGCCCCGGACCCGCCCCAGAUGAGCGGUGGCGCAUCACCCCGAGGGCCGCCCGAAAGCCAGCACUCUCCAAGGGAUAGACUCCCUUCUCAGCAACUACAGCAGCAGCAGCGCGAGCACAUUCCCAACCCGGCAGGCGGUCUUCGCCCUCCUUCCCCGCCGGCCGUCAACGAGAGCACUCUCAGCGACAUAAGCCGCGUCAACAGCCCCAGCAUCUCUAAAUCCGUCCUUGAGCCCCUGCAGCGCAAGAUGCUCGAGUACCACCGCCUCAUGGACGAAGCCCAGGGCCAGAUGGCGCAGUACGACGAGGAACUCCGUCUCCUGCAGGAGCGCCGCCGUCUAGCUGAGCAGCGGUUCGUCGAUGCCAAGACCAAGCAUGACGAGUAUGAGAGGCAGCAUCUUGAUGUCGAGCGGGCGCUGCGCGGUGAUUAUGCGCCGCCUCAGCAGGUGCAGCAACAACAGAUGAUGCAGCAGCAGCAGAGUCAGCAGCAAAUGUAUCAGAAUAGUCCGCCCAGGACGGUGCCGAGACCGGCGUCGAGUAUUAUGAGCUAUGAUGACCGGCCGAUGAGCGGGCACAGCUCGGGCCCAAAAAAGGGGAAGCUGAGGUUCAGUUUGUUUGGGAGGUAG